AUGGAUAACACUGAGAAACUUGCAAACUUGAAGAAACAAUUAGGUGAUGGAGUUGCUGUAGUUAUGGUUCCAUUUCAAACACAAAGCCAUCUUGAUCCUUUUCUCCAAUUUGCUUGCUUAAUCUCUUCUUAUGGUCUCUCUGUUCAUUAUCUUAGCCUACCUAGUUACAAUCACGACACUAAGGCUCGUGCCACGAUGUUAAAUCCUUGCGAUUUAGACACUAUUCAUUUUCAUGACCUCGAAAUGAUUCCUACCCCACUCGACCCUGAAAUCCCUAGUGAAGUACCUAAACACUUCCAUUUAUUCUGGAAUGUUACCAUGCAUCUCCGCGAAUCCAUUACUUCCUUCUUACGUGAUAUUUCGUCUAAAUCAAGACGAAUUAUCAUGAUACAUGACUGUCUAAUGUGUUAUAAUGUUCAGGAUAUUUCAUCUUUCGAUAAUGCAGAGUCAUACAUCUUUAGCCCUGUGAUUUCGGCCUUUGGUAUGUAUUGCGAUCACUUAUUUCCUCACGUUGGAUUGCCUAUCCCUAUUGAACAACAACUACUUCAAAAGCUACCAUCCUCUGAAGGAUGGUAUUGCGAAGAGAUCAUGCGAAUAGGAUCUUUUCAAGUUCAAUAUAUAGGGAAGAGCUCCGCGGGUGAUAUUCAUAAUACAAGCAAAGUAAUGGAAGGUAGUAAUACUUUUAUCGACUUGCUUGGAAUCGGACAAGACAAGAAGCAAUGGGCGAUAGGACCGGUUCUCCGGCCUAUUAAGAAUGAAAAAAAUGGAUUCCCCUGUUUGGAUUGGUUGGAUGAACAACCUCCAAACUCAGUUCUUUACAUAUCUUAUGAUAUGUUGACUUCAUUUUCUGAUGAACAAAUUAAGGAACUAGCAAUGGGUUUAGAGCUUAGCAAACAAAAGUUCAUAUGGUUGUUGAAGGAUCCUGAUAAUACUGAUAUCUAUCUCGGGGCAAACCUCAAUAGAGAAUUUGAGUUUCAUGCAGGGUUUGAGGAAAGACUAAACGGGGUCGGGUUACUAGUUAGAGAUUGGGCACCACAAACCGAAAUCUUGGCUCAUUCAUCCAUUGGCGGGUUCUUAAGUGCGUGUGAUUGGACUUCUUGUGUAGAGACCGUUACUAUGGGAGUCCCAAUAAUUGCUUGGCCCACACACUCUGACCACCCAAAAAAUGGUUUUUUGUUAACAGAACUGUUGAAAAUAGGCCUGGUUAUAACGGAAUGGGAUAAGAAACGCGAUGAGAUGGUCACUGCAUCCACCAUUGAUAAUGUCGUGAGGAAGUUAAUGGCAUCAGAAGAAGGCGACGAGGUUAGGAAAAGAGCAAAAGAGUUGGGAGAAGCCGUGAGGAAGUCUACUGAGAAAGGGGGUGCUUCUCGAAUGGAGUUGGAUUAUUUUAUCGCGCAUAUCACUAGAUAG